CUCCUGCUGUUUACUGGGAGGUCACUUCCGGUUGUAGCAUCUCGUGUGUCAUUGUAACAUAAACCAUGGCAGUGCAAGGUCGUAUUCUCGUUUACGGAGGCAAAGGUGCGCUCGGCUCCACUUGUGUUUCUUAUUUCAAGAGCAAGAAUUUUUGGGUUGGGUCAGUUGACAGGAUCAACAAUGAUGAUGCCCAUUUUAAUGUACAAGUCACUGGUUCUACUUUGCAUGAGCAAAAUGAAGAAAUCGCAAAGAAACUCUCAGAAAGUCUUGCUGGGAACAAGUUAGAUGCCAUAUUGUGUGUGGCAGGAGGAUGGGCUGGUGGCAACGCUGAUUCUAAAGACUUUCUGAAGAGUGCUGAUGAUAUGUGGAAGCAAAGUGUUUGGUCAUCUGUCAUUGCCUCUAGUUUAGCGGCAAAGCAUUUAAAAGAAGGUGGUCUUUUGACUCUUCCAGGAGCAGCACCUGCAACUGAUGGGACACCAGGUAUGAUUGGCUAUGGAAUGGCUAAGGCUGCUGUACAUCAAUUGACCAAAAGUUUGGCUGGUGACAAAAGUGGACUCCCUUCUCGUGCUGUAGCUCUUGCCACCUUACCUGUAGUCCUAGAUACGCCAAAUAACAGGAAAUGGAUGGCCAAAGCUGACCAAACGACUUGGACAUCAAUGGACUUUGUGUCUGAGCUCUUCUAUAAAUGGUGCAUGGACAAGGAACGCCCUGCCAAUGGAAGCUUGGUGAAAAUGGUCACCAAAGACGGGAAAACAGACUUGGUCCUUUGCUAAAUACUACUACCACUACAGGAAAACAGGCUUGGUCCUUUGCUAAGUACUGUGAUGGGUUUGCUCUCAAAUGGUUCACGAUAUAAUGGAAUAACCAACAUACCAGUAGCUUUACAAUUAUUUUCUGAUAAUGGAGUCUGAAAAUUCUUUUCAAUGAUUGUGCAAUGUUUGUAAUUGUAUGCUAGAGGAAGUCUGUUAAUGUCACCUGCGUGCCUAGUUCUCAUUCCCUUCAUCUCCAUCAUACUGUUAAAUAGUUUUGUAAGGGAUUGCAUGUUAAAAAUUUGCUCCUAGUCUUAUCUAUUUUAGUCCUAUUUUGACCCCUGUCUAAGCAAGAGGUAUCUUAUAUGAAUUUGCCUGUAAGCUGUGAAGUGAAUAGCACUGCUUCAUUAGUAGAGAAUCAAAUGGAAUAUAAGGAUAGAGGCAUAUAAGGUUGUGACUUCAUAUUGUUCCAUGUAAUUGAUAGAAUUCUGUAUUCACUAAUGCAUAACUUAAUGGCAAGAAUUUACAAGCUAAAAGUUGUGUUUGCCUUAUAGAUGAUCAUAUAUAACAAAAAAAAUUUAACCUUUUAUUUUACUAUAUUCCUUACUAAAAUACAUCCUUAUGUGUUUCAUUUCAAUUCUAAAAUGUAUUAUGUAGCUUACUAAAAGACCCUAAUUAUAUCAAUGUUUUAAUUUCAUUCAGUUUGUUCUCCUUUUCCCUCUGUUAACAUUUCUCAUAUGGACUAAGCUCUGCCAUUAUCAUCUAAAAUCACUAAUUAGAAUAAGCAAAAGUAAAUAACCAUUGAGUUUUGUGUCAUGAAGAUGAACGAUUGAGUCUGUUUGCUUUCUUCUGAAAAUUUUGAGAAAGAGAUACAUUUGAAAGCUUUCUUUCCCAUUCAUUCUCUUUCUAGAAACAAUUACUUUUAACACUGCUGUCCAACGAUGUUUGCAUCAUUGGAAACUUCAAAGUCUACCUUUUAUUCACUGCAGAGUUGCUACUACUAAAUAUGAGGCUUAUAUAAUUUUACAAAAAUGGACAAAUUGUUAUUGAAAUAUGGGAAAAUGAUAAAAGUAUCUCCAACGUUUGGAAGAAUUAAAAUUCUUGUCUAAAAAUGUUGGGCAGUGUACAUCAAGUGUUUAUCUAGUGAAAUCAUGCCAUCCAUCACUUAUGCAAUUAAAAUAUUUACAUCAGGAUUUUGAUGUAAAUUUGAGUAGGUAGAUUUGGGCAAUCUCAGGUACUUUGGUCUUUUAUGAUAAUGGGUUAAGAAAAGGAUUUAACUCUUGAAAUAUAAAUUCUUCAAAGGCAACUAUUUUAUCUUUCCUGCUGCUAAUUAUUGAUUCUUGUUAAUUAUUGGAGCUGACAUUUUCAGAAACACCCUAGUAACUAUAUUUUCAUGCUAUUGUAGUUUAGUUGAUCUGUUACAUAUUUUUUCUCACUACCUUUUUUCGUACAUAUAUGACAAAACUACUGAAAAAAAAAAUUUGUGAGAAUCCAUGGUGGUUCACAUCUAAGAUUAUUUCAUUAAAAACAGGCUGGAAAGAGAAUAGAAAAUUUUAGAUUUAGAAACUCGACAGAAACAAUAUCUUUUAGGGGUUUGAUACAGAGAUGCAAUUUUGGUGUGGUUCACUAGGUCUCAAACCUUCAUUAGCUUUUAUAACUUUAUUUCAUGUUAAUGAAAAUAAAGAGCUUUUCUUUUCAAAUUGGGAUAAAUAUUGAUUUCAUAAAUGUUGAAAUAUUUAGGUUGUCAAAUUGUUACAUAUUUUUCAAUGGUUAGUAUAAUCACUUGCUUUGUUUCAAUUCUUGUAUGUGUGCAUCUAUCUAACAAUGUUUGUGUACAUACAUACCACAUACAUAAACUAUUUCUGUUCUAAUUUGUCUAGAAUGAUUAUGCGUUAUAUAUACUUGAUAAUUCAUUAAUGUGCCAAAAGUGUGUUUGCAGGCAUUUCUUCUUUGUGCUUCUUCAGCAUAUUAUUAUUAUUAUUAGUUGAUAAAUAGUUUUCUGUGGAGUAAUAAAACAUAAUUGCUUUGUGUAAUUAGUAAUUUAGUUCUUGCAAUUCUGGGCAUUAAAAAGAAAAUGUCCUAUAUUUGAAAUACAAAGCUGGAAUACUGAUGUUUGAAUUAACUCCACUGUCCCAAACAAACAAUAAUUUGAAAGAUCAUAAA